CACAGUGAUCGCUAGGUUGAGCUCUGCUCUCAUCAGUGCCUGAGCUCUCCAUUUCUAUCGCAGGGAUUGUGAUUUGGAGGUGAUCCAUCGCAUGGCUGUGGAAGGAAGGUCCGGCCAUAAAGAUCUGUCAAACAAGUCGAAGGAGCAGAGUGGCUUGAUGGAUAUGCACCCUAGGCACAGGCAGAGGGGUACAGCUGGCACCAAGGGGAGGACCAGGACCCCGCACCCGGGCACAGAGACCACCCAGCCCAGGAAUAAGGCAACGUCUUACCUCAGCCCUGCCAAUGUAAAGGUUGGGACGACCCUGAUUAUUGCUGCUUUUGUAGGUGUUUUGCACUGGGGUUACAUAUCAACCCUUUUUGAAAAUGAUCGUCAUUUUUCUCACCUUUCUACUUUAGAGCGAGAGAUGGCCUUCCGCACUGAAAUGGGUCUCUAUUAUUCCUUCUUCAAAUCAAUCGUUGAAGCACCAUCCUAUUUUUCUGGGUUGCUGUUCAUCAUGAAUGAUAAUGUUACAGAAUAUCCUAGCGUAAUAAAUACUUUAAAAAGGUUUAAUGUCUACCCCGAGGUGAUGCUAGCCGGCUUGUUCCGCAUUUAUACAUCUACAAUGAGUGUUGUUGGCAUCGAGACCAAGACUUGCUGGACAGUAAAUCGGGGCAAUGAUCUCAGUCCUGUAGAAAGCUGUGAAGGCCUUGGAGAUCCUGCCUACUUUUAUGUCACACUGAUCUUCAUUUUAAAUGGCCUAAUGAUGUCCUUAUUCUACAUAUAUGGAACAUAUUUAAGUGGGAGUCGGCUUGGCGGACUUAUGACAGUCCUGUGCUUCUUUUAUAACCAUGGGGAGAGCACGAGAGUAAUGUGGACUCCACCUCUACGUGAGAGUUUUUCAUACCCAUUCCUGGUUCUUCAAAUGUUCAUCUUGACAUAUAUCCUAAGGACGCCAACUCCUGGUCGAAGAAGCAUGUUGGUACUUUGUGUUUCUAAUAUCUGUUUUAUGCUUCCAUGGCAAUUUGCCCAGUUUGUUCUUUUAACACAGAUAGCCUCACUUUUUGCAAUAUAUAUAAUUGGCUACCUUGAUUCAGAGAAAUUUCUGAACAUACUGUAUACUCACAUGGUUUCACUGGGACUGUGCUUCAUAUUGAUGUUUGGAAACUCCAUGCUUUUGACAUCUUAUUAUGCUUCUUCGCUCGUAGUUAUUUGUGUUAUUGCGAUAAGCAGAGACUUCCUGAAACUUGAAAAGAUGGCAAUAAUAAGUUGGAUGUUGCAAGUGUUGAUUUGGAUCUUCGGGACUGUAGCAUUGAAAGCACUGACAUCAAUGAUACUUGGUGUUAGAGAUGAUGCGCACAUCUUCAAUAUACUGAAGUCAAAGUUUACAAGUUACAAGGAUUUUGACACAUUAAUGUAUACCUGUGCACCUGAAUUUGAUUUUAUGGAGAAUGAGACACCAUGGAGAUAUCUGAAGACAUUGUUACUUCCAGUAGUUAUCCUUGUGUUUUUAGCCAUAUGCGUGCGGACACUUAAAGAUAUUCUUACAUCGAGUAAAAAAAAACAUACCAGGGGACAAGAUAAUGAAAGUUGGGAACAUUCCACAAGUGGAGAGCUGGUGUACCAUGCUUUGCAGCUAGUGGCAUUUGCUGUCCUUGCUAUUUUAAUUAUGAGACUGAAGUUGUUUUUAACACCCCAUAUGUGUGUAAUGGCGUCCCUGCUGUGCUCCAGACCGCUUUUUGGAUGGAUCUUCAGCCGGCUGAAUCGGCCACUGUUUAUUUUUAUCGUAGUAAUAUUGAUGUCUAUACAAGGUGUUAGCAACAUUCAAACUCAGCUGAAUAUAAAAGGGGAGUUCAGCAACAUCGCUCAGGAAGAACUAUUGGAGUGGAUAAAAUUCAGCACGAAACCAAAUGCAGUAUUUGCUGGUGCAAUGCCUACCAUGGCAAGUGUUAAGCUGUCUACAGGACGCCCCAUUGUCAACCACCCUCAUUAUGAAGAUGCUGGUUUAAGAGCACGAACAAAAAUGGUUUAUUCAAUGUACAGUCGUAAACCUGCUAAAGAAGUAAAAAAGCUCCUGAUUGAUAUGGGUGUACAGUAUUUUAUACUGGAAGAUGCAUGGUGCACCAGGAGGACAAAAACUGGUUGCACCAUGUCAGAGAUCUGGGAUAUAGAGAAUCCUUCUAAUGUUGGGAAGACUCCCUUAUGUUCUAUUUUGUCCAAGGAAUCAUUGCCUCACUUUGUCACUUUAUUUCAAAACAAUGUUUACAAAGUUUUAAAAGUUGGCAUUUAAGUUAAAAAAAAAUAUAUCAUAUCAGAUAAAAACAGUUUUUAAUUCUGGUAUAAACCUGGUUUUACAGUUGUUUGUAGCCUGAGAUUUUGUAACAUACACAAUGCUAUGCAAAUCUUUAUUGCUAAGAAAAUUGUUUGAAAAAUGCAUUACAUCCUUCUGUGGAGAGCUGAAAUUAUUUUGUUUAGUUGCAAGUGAAUGAGGAGAACAAAGACCUACAAAAACUGCCUUAAAAUGCUUUCGUUUGGCAGACGUUUCUGUUACAAGACAACUUUUUCAGUCGAGCACCAAAGAGAAUAUGAAAUUUGUAUAUUUAUGUAAUGUAGUGUGAGGUUUCAACAAUAUUUUAUGUAGCUGUGUUUUUAUUAUGCUACAUUUAUUUUUAUUUGUACUGAUUCAUGACUGGUGCUGUGGGAACCUGGUGUCUGCUACAGUGCCAAAUGAAUGAAUAUAAGGAGUGCAACCUUCAGGGCCAGUUUUAGAGCAGUAUACCUCACAUUAUGAGUAAGUGGUACAUGGGUGCAUGCCAGAUAUGCCCACGUUCUGUUAAACCACACUGAUCGCCACAUACCGGUUUUCCUCAAGGCUACACCUUUUAUAAGCUCUGUAACUUGGGACUUUGUGGGGAAAGGCUAGGUAGUACAGAAUGAUAGAGUUUAUUUUCUUCUUGGUUUUGAUAUUGUGUUGUAAAUUUCUCAUAUGCAGUAUAUUUUGUUUUAACUUUGACAUUUCCAUUUGAGUGAAGACAUUGACAAAGACGAGCGCAAAGGAAACCAGUGGAUGGCAAGCAAUCACAUUCCAAGUAAUACUUGCUUGGCUCUAGUUUUCAGCAAUGUCCCUCAGUGUAUUUUCAGUGUUUUUGUUGUUAGAUGUCAUGUAUUCUGUUGCUCCUGCAAGCUAAAUUGUGCAGUAAUAAGUUUUAUGUCUUUGAU